UCUGAAAAAGUGAAUAGUAACCCCCCCCCGCGACCUACUCCGAAACUUCGCAGCUUCUCUCUCUCUCUGUCUUAAUCAAUUUCGGAGCCUUUCGUUGUUCCUUGGUCCUCCGCCUGACGUGAGAACGAAUGGACACCAAGGUCAUAUCCACCGGGAAGCGGUACGACGCCCUGCCGGAGAGCUACAUCCGGCCGGAAUCCGACCGCCCCAAGCUCUCCGAGGUCUCCACCUGCGAGAACGUCCCCGUCAUCGACUUGGGGUGCACCGACCGAGCCCAGAUCGUGGCGGCCAUCGCCUAUGCCUGCUCGGUCUUCGGCUUCUUCCAGGUUGUGAACCACGGGGUGUCGAAGGAGGCGGUGGCGGAUAUGAUGCGAGUGGCGAAGGAGUUCUUCAACUUGCCGGUGGAGGAGAAGCUGAAGCUCUACUCCGACGACCCUUCCAAGACAAUGAGACUGUCCACGAGCUUCAACGUCAAAAAGGAGAAGGUCCACAACUGGCGAGACUAUCUAAGGCUCCAUUGUUAUCCCCUCGAGAAGUACGUCCCGGAAUGGCCCUCGAACCCUUCUUCAUUCAAGGAUGUUGUGAGCAAUUACUGCAAGGAAGUGAGAGCACUAGGAUACCGGAUUGAGGAGCUGAUAUCGGAGAGCUUGGGCCUGGAAAGCUGCCGCGUGACCGGGGUGUUGGGCGACCAAGGGCAGCACAUGGCCGUGAACUUCUACCCGCCGUGCCCCGAGCCGGAGCUUACCUACGGGCUCCCGGGUCACACGGACCCGAAUGCGCUCACCAUCCUCCUCCAGGACUUGCAGGUCGCGGGCCUCCAGGUCCUCAAGGACGGCAAGUGGCUCGCUGUCCAGCCCAUCCCCGGCGCCUUUGUCGUCAACAUCGGCGAUCAACUGCAGGCAUUGAGUAACGGGAAGUACAAAAGCGUGUGGCACCGGGCGGUCGUCAAUGCUGACAAGCCGAGGAUGUCGAUCGCCUCAUUCCUCUGCCCGUGUGACGACGCCCUGAUCAGCCCGCCGGAAUCACUGGUAGAAGAGGGAUCCGUGGCUGUGUACAAGGACUUCACAUAUGCAGAAUAUUACAAGAAGUUCUGGAGCCGGAAUCUGGAUCAAGAACACUGCCUGGAGCUUUUCAAGAACUCUCGCAAUUUGGCAGGAAGCGACACAUCAUCCUCCAUUCUUGGAACAGGGUAACUCGACGGACUCUCCUCGCAGUUUAGUGAAAUUUGACAAACACAUUUAGCUUCUCAAAAUAUCUUCUGCACCAUCUGUCAAAGGUGGAGGUCGGUCCUUAAGUUUAAGCGUAGUCUUUGGCUUCUUGAUGCUGAGAGUGUCGGCUCUUUUGUUAAGCUUUAUUUUUGGUAUGGACACAAAAAGGGAUCGACACUGUCAAUCGACUUCCUCCUCUGCCGGGGGGUGUAGGGAAGAUUUUGGAAAGCAUGAUGUGUCUGUUGAAUUCCACUAGAGUGCGAAGAAAGUUCGUGAAGGUUUCCCUAGUUGAAUAUCGAAAUGCCGCUUGUGUGAUUCAUCGUGCUUCCUCUUUGGCGAUUAUAAUUUUUUGGCGCGAACGUCUGGCCAUUGGCCCGUUACAGCUAGUGUAUUGUAGUUGAAGGUAAAGGGUGCUGUAUCCGUCGAUCUCCUUGUGCUGUGUUCAUUUGUAAAAGUGACAUCUCUUUGCGCGAUCAUUUUAACAAGUUUAGGCCUUAUGCUAUUCAUAGUUGUGUCGACACUCCCUUCCGCCGAUAGCAGUGCGGCUUUGAAUACAUUUUUGUUUCUCUGUGUA